AUGAUAUCGGAAGCAGUGGAGGCGGACACAUUCCUUCGAAUUUACGAAGCUAUUGAGGAUUCAUCACGUAAAAUCCAACUUCCAUUCCGUCAUCUCUGUGGUAUUCGAAAAGUGGUAUGGUCAUCAUUUGAUUAUAUGACUGGACCUGAAUUGGGUUUCACUUGGGAGGCAGUUACUGCUACAAGCGGAUCUACGUCAAGCGGCAAAAGUUCAUUGUCGGGUAGCUCAAGUCUCACUUCUUCCUUUACCAAAGGAUGUGGAAGUGGUACUGAUUAUGAAGAAAUUGACGAUGUCUAUAGGAGUGAAUUAUUGACAGAAGCAAUAUCCGACAUAAAAAUAUGUACCAUGUGUACUAAUACCAUUGGAAAUCUCGAUGGUUAUCCCUUUGAUCAGGCUUCUGAACUCCCUUACGAUAUUUUCAAAAUGAAUAUGAUCAUAUGCAAUGAUGAACAGUUGGAUGAAUUAAUGACUGAAAGCCGUUCAACUAUCGGUGGGACCACUACGGAAACUGCUAGUGACAGUGAUCAUAUGAAACAUUUAACAAGUUUGGCUUCUACAUCAAGAAAUGACGAUCUUGAAAGUUCAGCAAAUAGUUUUAAUGACAGCAGUGUUCACAAGGUGGAAGAAUUUGUUGGAAAGAGCACACCAAAUGGAGUUGAAGAUUUGCUAAUACUUGAUGAGACAGCUACAAAAAAUAUUGAAGAUUUACAAGGAAUGGUUUCGUCGGGUGUCGAUUCGGGUAUAGUAGGCACAGUAUCGAUGUAUAGUGGAUUGAGUACAAUAACCUCUUCACACAUAAAAGAAGUAUUGAAUAUUGAGCAAAAUAGCGAAGUCAAUGAGAAACCUUGCAUUGUUGAUCAUGACCGCGCCGUAACAGAUAAUAAGGCUACUGCAAACUGUGUUGGAGUAGAGCAAACUGUUCAAUAUGUUGGACAUGCUGAUUAUGAGACACUUUGUGAUUUGGUCAGAGAAAGUAGCACAGUUCAGCUUUCUGAUGAAGAAUAUGUUGCCAAAUUUGUUCUUGCCGAGCAAAUUUGCAGCACACCGAUGCCGUCAAAUCCAGUAAUACAUAAGUUGACUUUGUUGCCAAAACGUCGUCUUUUUGUUGGUUCAUAUUUAUUUCAAGUGAAUGGUGGUACUCGUCAUGACUGUGCUAUGUGUGCAAUUUCACUUCUUGGUGAUUACUCAAAAUGGGAGUGGUAUGCUGAAAGACAAAAUAUAAUUGAGGAAGUAUUCACAGAUAUGAUACCGCGUUUGCGGAUCUCGUAUUUAAAAGAAAGUAUAGAAGAUUUUGUAUGCCGCGCAACCAAAGAAAUAUCGAAGCUGAUGUCAUUUAUUGGUGUUUGUGAAGCUUACCCGUUGUUGUCACAAAAUGCAUAUGAUAUUCGGUUUCGACAAACAUAUUUUGGCAGUGGAAAACUGCAAGACAAUUCGUUUUUGGCGAAGGCCAUAACAGCGGUACUUUUAUCGCAGUCACACUGUGUUAUUGUUGGUGACAAGAAGGCUGAUAUUGUCAAAAUGUUGCUGACGCUAUGCCUGUUUGUUGCACCAGAAUGGCGAUGGCUAUGCAUUAAACCAUUUCAUCACCCUUAUUCUCCUUAUCUUCGCCUGCAAGCUGUUCAGCGAAUUGAACUGAUUACUAUAAUGUGUGCUGGUGCCGAAUCACAUUGGCCGAUAUCAGUGAUUGAUCUGGAUCGUCGAAUUGUAUAUACUUCUUCACCACAUCCAAAGCAUCGUAUACUAAAGCUUCUCAAGCAGAAGAGUGACAUCACGCAGAUACUGAAAGGAACCGGUGUUGAUUUCAAAGACUCAUUAAUACCGAAAAUUGAACUACGAAAUUGUCAUGCAGACCCUCGUGUUGCAAAUUUUCUCAGCAGAAUGGAUUUAUUGCCAUUUGAAAGAAGUGCUCGUUUGGGAUUUAUAAGGCAGUUCAGACUGAUGAUCGAAAACUCAGCUAGAGCACUUAUUGCGUAUAUACAAGACAUAAGUGAACCCGAUUCAUCUUAUAAGCAACAUACAGCAAGCUCGAGGUGGAAUCUUUGGCCUGUACGAAAGUCGCUCAAUUUAGUCAGCAAUGCAUCAUUUUUAGUAACCCUAUCUGAAGCUGAACGGAUUUUACCAGAUAUUGCUGAUUUUAUAUGUGAGUCGAACAAGCUUUGA